UUUAUAGGCUAUGGAAGCCAUGGUACUGUUGUCUACAAGGGAGAAUUUGAUGGGCGUUCUGUUGCUGUUAAGCGCCUCUUAAUUGACUUUUACGAUGUGGCACUUCAGGAAGUCAAGCUGCUUCAAGAAAGUGAUGACCAUGCAAAUGUCAUUCGUUAUUUUUACAAGGAAGAGACGGACCGUUUCUUGUUUAUUGCUCUUGAACUAUGCUAUGGAUCUUUACAUGAUUGCAUGGAACGCUCUUUACCAAUCGCGGAUAUGCAACUAUUUGACCAGAUUAACCCGGCCAAUAUAUUGCAACAGAUGAUGGCUGGUAUCCAGCAUUUACAUUCGUUGAAAAUCGUACAUCGAGAUAUUAAGCCGCAUAACAUCUUACUAGCACCCAGCAAGACCAACAGAAAAGACAAAAAACCAAGUCUAAGAAUUCUUAUUUCUGAUUUUGGGCUGUGCAAGAAACUUGACGGUGAACAGAGCAGCUUCCAUUAUACGGCACAGUCACCAGCAGGAACAUCUGGAUGGCGUGCACCAGAAUUUAGUAAAGGAGGCAAUGAUCCGAAUACGAUUGGAUCCGUUAAGGCGACACGGGCAAUUGACAUAUUUUCUGCUGGAUGUGUAUUUUAUUAUGUAUUGAGUGGAGGAGAACAUCCAUUUGGUAACCGAUUUGGGCGAGAAAACAAUAUUCUCAAAGGAGUGUAUGAUUUGAGUCGGCUUCAAAGCAUGGGUGAGGAUGGAGUAGAAGCCAUGGAUUUAAUUGAACGUAUGUUGUCCGUGCAACCACAUAUAAGACCAAAGGCGGACAUAGUUCUUGCCCAUCCUUUCUUCUGGUCUCCUUCAAAACGCCUUGGUUUUUUACAAGACGCAUCCGAUCGUUUUGAGGUGGAGCAAAGGGAUCCUCCAUCAGAUCUAUUGAGGAGACUAGAAUCGGACGGGGAACGAGUAAUUGGACAGGACUGGUAUCGCAGGAUCGAUCGAGUCCUGGCUAAUGAUUUGGGUAAAUUCAGAAAAUAUGAUGGCAAACGUGUACGCGAUCUUUUGAGAGCAUUGCGAAACAAGAAGCAUCACUGGCAAGACUUGCCUGAUCCUGUAAAAAAGACACUCGGUGAACCACCAAAUGAUUAUCUAUAUUAUUUUACAGCACGUUUUCCUUAUUUACUCUUACAUGCAUACUAUGUAAUUCUCAAUGACCCGUCACUUACAAGUGAGGGGUCAUUAAGGCAGUAUUUUUGA